CAUUCGAAGUCGAAACCUUGUGCAGUCUCCUCACGAGAGAGCAAAACUUGUGUUGUCAUUUGACGAUUUACAGCAUACCCGAAAAACUCUUCUAAAAUGGACAACAGCGUUGGGUUUUUGGUGAUCGUGUUCAUCGUGGCGGUGAGCGGGCAAGCCAUCGGCAUACAACAACAGACCCAAAUAUUGCCAACUGAACAACAAGAUAACCACUUCUUAUGUGUGCUCUGUGAAGAAGUGUUGACCUUCUCGUAUAACGUGAGCACUGACAAGGAAUUCUUGGCCUUGUUGCAGAAUUACCAGAGGCAGGUUGCGUGCACUUACUUGAUCCCUGAGGGUUUCAAGUCUUUCUGCGAAAACUAUAUCCAAGACAUCCCAAAGCUGGUCGUAGCAUUCGCCAACACCUAUUUGAAUCCCGACAGGUGCGCAUUUCUCUGCAAGUCCUCGGAUAUGAACCAGCAGCUGAACGUCUUGGGCAGCAUUGUCAAGAAGAUGGGGGGAGCGUCUGGGAAAGACCUCUUCAAGUAGAACAAGCCCAGCCAACAUCUCCCUGAAGACGAAUCUGCAUGCAUUCAUUUUAUUAGCUUGCUUUUUGUUUGAUCAUAUAUUCCAGUUUAAUGUUAUUGGUGAAUAAGCAAAUAUAUAUAUAUUUUUUCAUUGUGUCAGAUCUUUUCAUUUUGUCGGUCACGGGCUACUUUGAGAUAAUUUUUGACACACUAGGGGGCGCUAUUUGGUAUGGGCAAACUCUUUUGUAUUUACUGCUACGAAACAGCGCUGUUCUAUUAGUUCCCAGCAUACCUCAAAACGAUAAGAAUUGGGGGUUUUUCUCCAAAAUCCUUGAAAAGGCAGCCAACAACGCGCUGUAUUCGUGCCUCGAUUAGAACAAUCUGAUUCUGCUUGCCAAUCUGAUUUUAGACCACUGCACUCGACGAAGAACACGUUGCAUGAAUUAAUAAUUGUCUUUAUGCAAUAUAACACAAAAAAGAAACAGUUUUUAUUGAUCUUAGAAAGGCAUUCGAUUCUGUCGAAUCAAAUUAUCCUCUUAAAGAAGCCGCAGAACAUUAUUUUGACACUGUUUUAAACUGGUUUGGUUCGUAGCUAUAGUCAAACGCAAACAGUCCGUGUGCAUUGAACCGAACCAAUCCAGUUAGUCCAAGAGCCAGGGGUCAUUCAUAUUCUUUUUUUUUGGGGG